UUUCAAUUUUUAAUCAUAUACCUGAUGUCCCAGAUUCAACCAAGGAUAUCUUCCUAGAACAUCUCCAAGAUCACAAUUUGCUAUCCAUGAAACAUUUUCGAGAGCCUGAUAACGCAAUAACCACAUCUCAAGGGGAUAAGAUUACGAUAUUAAAAGCAUCUAAAAGUGCUAAGAAUUGUGGCAAUGGAGGCCGGCUUAAACCACCUGAAUCAGAAAGGAUCCGAGAUUGGUGUUCUGAUUGGCAGCAAGAAAUUUUCAACUCUGUCAAUACAAACUUUGUCAACCCACAUAUGCCAUCUGCAUCACAAUACAAAGGCAACUGUGAAUCUUGUGCAAGUCCUGCUCGCAUUGUGAUCCUAAAACCAAACAAAGGGAAGACUAGAAAGUUGGCAAAGGAUAGUUUAUUUACGGAUGAGGAUUUCCAUUUUAACUUUAAAGUGUUCAGUGAAAUUGCUGCUUCUAGAAUUCGGGAGAUGCGUAAUGAAGGGAAACAAAAGUUAGCAUAUCACACGGAGUUAUCGUGCCCGAAGGAUUCAAUUAAAAUUACCCAGGAAAAGACAAGAAAGGCGAGGCAGACUAGAAGCAGCCGAAUUAAACAUUAUUCUCUAUCUGAAAGGAUGCCCUUUGAUGAUAAUGGAGAGUCAGAGGCAACUUUUUUAUCUUCUGAUAACUUCAGGGUUUGGAUUGGCAACUGCAACUCUUCACCUUUAUCUUCAACUGAAUCUUCUGUGAGCAGGGAGGCACGAAGGCGCCUGGCUGAAAGAUGGAAGGUCACUAGGAAGUUUCAGAACGAGGGACAUGGUUCUCAUAGCUCACAGACACUAAGUGAGCUCCUUGGUCUAUCUUAUGACAGGACUGUGAAGUUUACUGAGGAUACAUCUGACAUCACAACUGUUCUAGAUAAAAUUUUUGACAGCAAUGAGGCACCUGGAAGCACAGACAAUCUUUCUAGAAUUGACAAUGAAGACAGAGUACGAUAUGUGAGCCUACAGCCCUUUGUUGAGUACAAUUCAAGUCUGAAGAUAAAUGACAGAGAACGAGAUGUUGCCACAAAUAACGAUAGAAUUGAAGAUGUGACAAUGAGACCAUCUUGUAUCUCUUUAGUUGCCAAAAUGACUGAACCACAAACUGUGUCAGUUAGAAACAUAAAGAAUCAAAUUCAUCGAUCUCAACUAGAGCAUUUGGUUGCUAAGGAAAACAUGCUACCUGAACAAGAAACUAAUGUGAGCACAGAAGGAUCAAGGAAGAGAGUUCACAUGGCAAAAACAACAAUACAUCCUUCACCCAUGGAUUGUGCCAACUCUGAUAGUCGACCAAAAAGUUGUGUCUCUAUUCCUCAGCUUAGAGAUGAGUCAUGGGAGGAGAAACCAGCAACCUCUGCACUUGAACUGUCAUUAGAUAAUGAAGGCUUGAUUGGACAGAUUCUAAAUGCAGUAGCAAAUCAGGAAACUUCAAUUGACAAUCUUCCACUCGAGCCACUUCACUCUGAACCUGAUAUGGGUGUAUUAGACACCCUAAGCACGGAGGAAAAUGAACAGGCAAGCCCAGUCUCUGUUCUGGAGACUCCAUCAGAAGAUGAAGCAUAUAGCUCAGGAUGCUUUGAAAGAUUAAGUUCAGAUCUCAAAGAGCUUAGGAGGAAACUUGAACUUCUGAAGUUGGAGUCAACAGAUGUAUAUACUCAGAAAGCUGAGGUCCCACCUAAUAAGAGAUGUUGUGAUCAUGAUAUGGACCAAGAACUCGUAGACAGUGAUGAUAGAGACUUUGCAUACAUGCUUGACACUCUUCAGGAAUCAGGCUUCCUUGGUAUUAUUGAUAACAAGCUAGUGGAUACCUUGGACCAAAAUCUCUUUGAUAAACUAGAGAAGAAGUACAACAAAGUUGUGUUAUGGCCAAGAUCCGAAAGAAGGCUACUGUUUGAUCUUAUAAGUUGCACCCUCACAGAAACGGUUGCUAGAUCAUGCAAGAAUGUGCAUAGCAUGUCAGAGCUUUGCCCCCUGGCAUUGGACUGCAAUAGCGUUGCAAAAACUGUGUGGCAAACUCUAGUCGAGGGAAGGAAAUUGCUGGAUUGCAGUGAUAGGAACGAGCUCCUCGACAAAGAAUGGCUUCUCUUGGUUUGUGAUGUUGAUUUGAUUGCAAUCCGAAUUGAAGGGAUGGUAAAUGAUGUACUUUUGGAGGAACUUGUUUUUGAUUUGUUUAACUAGGCAAAGGGCAGCAGAAAAUUCACUGGUGUUCGAUAGGCUCUACUCUCAUGUACAUCUUAGUAUUUAAAUUAGUUGAUA